UGCCCUGCUGCCCUCGGGCUCGGGAAGCAGCGGGGCGACGGCGUCUGGGGCUGUUCUCCCCCACAGGGUUGGGACCGGGGGGGACUCUGUGCCACCUGUUGGGACGUCAGCUGAAGGAGCCCCGCGGUAUCGGAGCAGUGGGACUCCCGCUGCCUGGAUGGCCCAGAGGCUGGCGCUCCAGCGGCUGCUCUCCCUCCCCACGCGGGGGUCCCUGGCAUCCCACGGCAGAGCCUUGGGUACCUCAGCUGGCCGCAGGAGCACUUUCAACGUGCAGGAUGGCAGCGACUUCCAGGACCGUGUGGUGAACAGCCCCAAGCCCGUUGUGGUGGACUUCCAUGCACAGUGGUGUGGUCCCUGCAAGAUCCUAGGCCCCAGGUUAGAGAAGCUAGUGGCCAAGCUGGAGGGGAAGGUGCUGAUGGCCAAGGUGGACAUUGACGAUCACACAGACCUUGCUAUCGAGUAUGAGGUGUCAGCAGUGCCAACUGUGCUGGCUAUGAAGAAUGGAGACGUUGUGGAUAAAUUUGUGGGCAUAAAGGAUGAGGAUCAGCUGGAGGCAUUCCUCAAGAAACUCAUUGGAGCCUGAAGUAAAAGGGUGGCUGUACCUCUGCCUCUGGAAACAUCCAUUUUGUGCAUUCCUUGCCUGGGAGAGCUGAGGGCAGGUCAAUUGCUUGCCCUGUACAACACAGGGGUUUCUUCUGUUACGGUGUUCUUAGAAGAUGGAAAAUGUUGUAAUCCUUCCCUCCUUCUUCCCCUUCUCACGAGCAGCAGUAGCUGUAAAGGGUGCUGAGGAGCAGGGCUGCUUAUUCUCAAAACAGGGAAUGUGGCUGGAAUUAGGAGCCUGUGUUUAUCAGCCAAGAGCUGACGUGCAGAGCUGCUGCUGCUGAGUUAAGAGGAGGAAUGUUUUUGUCUUUGCUUCACAUCUGAUAGCCCAGAGCAGAGGGCAGCUGCUCCCUUCAAGAUGAUGGUACAUACCUGCCCUGGGUGGGUUCGUUUAAAGCUGAGAAUGCCUCUACCUUGUCCAUGAAACCUGUCUCUUUCUUCCUCUGUCCUUGUGUUGCUGGGACAGGUACAACUCCUCCACAAAUCUAUGGGCUCCCAAUUUAAUUUUAUAAGAGAAAAUAGGGAGAAGUAUUUUAUGGAUCUCCUUUUGUAUGUCUGCAGUGGAGAACUUUUAUCAGUCACUGCUGUCUAGCCGGGAGAGUAAAUCGAUUC